AUGAAGAACAAAAGCGGUCGCCGAAGACGCAAUCAAAAUGCGCACCAAAAAACAACUCGAAACAAAGCCGCUGCUGGCGAUGGGAACGAAGACAUGCUUAGCAAGCUGCCCAACGACCUUUUGCUCAACAUUCUGGAGAGGGUGGACACGCUAGACGCGAUAAGGACCUGUGUCCUAUCCAAGCAAAUGCUGAAGCUCCCCACCAUGUUCUCGCGGUUCUUCCUAAGUGUCAGUUCCGUUCCAGCCUACCAUGACAAAGCUCGUGUGUCCAGCCUCAGCGUCAGCGACAUGCUCCGAACCAACAGUGCUCUGGCUCAUGUAACGGAUAACAUCUUGAGCACAAGGAGCACGGAGGUCGCCAUCUGCAAACUCAAAAUCAGAUUCAUUCUGAUGCAGCGUGACUCCUUAGUCAUUGGCAACUCUGUUGCCCGCGCCAUGGCAACCCAGAAGGUUGAUGCAACCGAGUUUGAGAUUGUGACAGAGAAGGCUUACAAGAUCUGCUCUUCUGAUGAUCUCCUCCAGUACGGGAAGCAAUUCAAUGAUUUUAUCGGUGCUUGUCCGGAUGCAUUUGCCGGCCUUAGGUGCCUCUGGCUGCGCAAUAUGAGGUUUGGUGAACUAGACAUCCCCAACAUCCUGAGCACCUGCAAGCUCUUGGAGUCUUUGCGCUUAACCCAUUGCGACUCAGGGAUCCAUUCCGUGGUGCAAGUAGAGCAUGCUCGACUUAUUGAGCUCGAGGUUGACAAUGGGAAAUUUGAGAGAGUUGAGCUCACAUGUCUGCCAAAACUCGAACAAGUGACCUAUAAUAAUUGGUUCUCUUAUGAAGAUCCCAUGUAUUUUGGUUUUGUGCCACAACUUUCAAAGCUGAGCCUUAUUAAAACUGGCUCCCGUUUGCAAAAGACCCUUGAGUUAAGUCAGUUCCUUGUUAAUGUUCCUUCCAUAAGCGAUCUCCAUCUGGAUUUUAGAAGUGAAAAUAUUUGGGUUAUCCCAGAAAGCCCGGAACUGCUCACCCCUGUGCUCAGCAAACUACAGCUUGUGAAUCUGGAUCAUCUUCCCGAAGGAUGUGAUUUAGCUUGGACAAUGUUUAUUCUUGAAGCUGCACCCUCCCUAAAAGAGCUGUGCAUCACAGUAUGGGAUCGUUGCUGCAUAAUGUUCACAGGCACAGAGUUCCGGAAGGAAAAUGGUUUGUGCGACAAGGCAGACGUGAAGUGGAAGCCAUAUGCCCCUGGUUUCAAGCACAAGAAUCUGGUUAAGCUCGCCAUCUAUGGCUUUCAGCCCGACGACAACUUUGUGCGAUACAUCAGGUGUCUCGCGGAAGCUGCGGUUAAUAUGGCAGAGAUAUCUCUGCAUGACCGGAAGGUGUGGGCGCUGUGGUGACUUGGAUCUUGA